AUGAGCGAAGUAGCCGAUCUGCUCUUAGGCGACGAGCCGCACGAUCCGUCCGAAGGAGAUCUCGAGGUGCAGGAGCUAGAGCAGCGCAUGUGGAAGGACCGUCUCAAGCUGCGUCACAUCAAGGACGCGUCGACGGCGGCGGCGGGCGCCGCGUCGUCGGGCGAGAAUGGCGAGUUCGGGAGCCUGAAGUGCCGGCCGGAUUGGGCGGUGGAGGAUGAGGAGGAGGAGGAGGAUCAGCAGCCGCAGAAGCACAGACCGACUCAGUCGCAGCAAGAUGCGGCGCGGAGGAAGAAGAUGUCGCGCGCCCACGAUGGCAUUCUUAAAUACAUGCUCAAGCUCAUGGACGCGUGCAACGCGCAGGGCUUCGUGUACGGAAUCAUCCCGGAAAAGGGCAAGCCCGUCGGAGGCUCCUCCGACAAUCUCCGCAGUUGGUGGAAGGACGAAGUGCAGUUCGAUCGCAGCGGCCCGGCAGCGGUUUCGAAGUAUAACGAAGAGCAGGCGGCGGCGCAAGCGGGGCGAAUGAUGGUGAUGCAAAUGGAAGCGGCUGCGGCUGCGGGGGGAGGGGUUGACGGGAGCGGUGCUGCGGGCGGGGUGGUGGUUGGGCCCGGCGGCGUGCCAUUGCCUCGGAAGCUGGUUCGGCAAAGCAAGUGCCUGCAGGACAAGAUGACGGCUCGGGAGACCAGCAUAUGGCACAUGGUUCUCGAUAACGAGGAGGCUUUAUGCAAACAAGAGGCGGCUACUAACGGAUCGUUGGCUAUCGGGGCGGCGGGAAGCGAUCCCGGAAAUUCCGCCGCCAUUUCCGGCCGGACUGGCCCGAACUGCCUCCCACACAGCAACAGCGUCAGUAGCGGCAUGAUAGCGCUUUCCGGCAGCAGCGCUGGCGGCUUGCCGUCAUCUAUCCAGCGCGGUAACGGUCUGAAAAUCCUCCGCGCGUUUGCGCACGAGAACUCCGCCAACGCUACCGGCGCCGGUGGCGCAACUCUCCUCCGAGCCGGUAAUUCUGACGGCCAGCGGCCGAUGGACCGGCAGGCCGUCGACAAUGGCGCCACGAACUUGGCUCCCUUCUCUCUCGCCGCAUUCGACGGCGGCAAUCGCGGCGGCGUUGACGGAACCAUCAGCCCCGGCGGCAACGGCGCUGGCGGAGGAGGCUCGUUGUGCGGAGAGCUUAAGCGCGCUUACUCCGCGGUCGGCUCUUAUGGCGGGAAUCUAAAUCACUCCGCAUCUGCCGGCGGUAUUGAUACGAGCGGAAACGAGGCUUCUCUUAACGAAGAUGCGAGACUGCCGUGGGGGAACGGGGAUGGCGCAGGGGGGGAUGUUGCGGCGGGGGGGAGCGGCGGGGGGAGGGAUUUGGUUCCCGAGCACCGAAUUUUCAAGUGCCCCAACAGUCCCUCAGGUGCUCCUUCAGGUAUUCCCCCCUGGGCUGUAGACCAUUCCUCUCAGCCCUCCCUCUCCUCCGUUCCUCACAUGUCCCUAGGCUCGGGGCUAGGCUCGCCACCGCAUGGCUCCGGACCUGCAGCUCCAGGUUCGGUUCCCGGACCUGGCCCCAUGGGUUGGAUGCAGCAGUGGCCCAUGCCUCACCACCAGCAGCACGGGCAAUUCUCCAUGCCAAUGCAGCAUCCUGGAACCUUCGCCCCUGCCACGUCAUCAUAUGCUGGCUACAACAUGGGUAUGGGGAUGGGCAUGGGAGGCUAUCCCAUGAACGUCCCGCCUUACCCUGGUCCGGGGACAGGUUCGGCAGCAGGCUCGGGAAUGGGAGGUGCGGGUUUCAGUCAGCCGUUCAGCCAUACCUCUCCUGCCCUGGGCGUCCAUUCCUCGUCUUCUCCUUAUGCUCCGUCCCAUCUUGCCACGUCAGCAGCAGGCGGUGGUGGUUACCCGUUCCUGCAGAUGAUGCCAAACAAUGCCGGCCAGCAGCAGCAGCAGCAGCAGCAACAACAGCAAAUGCUGCCGCCCUCUUUGUCCCUUGCCAGGGCAGGGUCAGCGAACAGUAGCGCGGAGGAGAGGGAGCGGGCGGCAGGGGGAGCGGGAGCAGGAGCAGGGUUGGCAGAAGCAGGAGGAGAGGGAGGAGGAGAAAGGGGAGGAGGUGGAGGAGAAUUGGUGGGACGGGCAGUGUAUGGUGGUGGUUCUUCUGGGUUCGGCCCUGAGCUAAGAGUUUCCUGUGCUGUGGAGGGCGGCAGUAGGAGUCGUGCAAGUGGCGGCGGGCAGCUGAAAUCUCAGCAGGGGGGUGGGAUGGAUGGUUGCGGGCUGCCCGGAAAGGAUGGCACCAGGCGAUCCAACGGCAGUGGGUUGAUCCUGAGCAAUCAGGGGUGCAUGGUGAUGGGGCAAUCCCUAGGUGGUGCGGCGUACCCAAAAUUUGGUGCUAAAACGAGGUGUGACUCUAAGGGGGAUGACUCUAACCAGGAGGAUUCCAGCAGCAAGAGCUGGUCCCAGGAGGGAGGGAAGGACAGCCCUGCGUUACAAGCACAUGAUCAUUUGGAGGGUGGGAGGGGCAUGCUGAUUGGUGGAGGGGGCGCUGCGGGAUGUGAAGAGGAUUUCAGGCACAUCGAUUUUGGUCAUGACCCUCUCAAGGUGUUUGGAUACCUGGAUGAGGAUGGGCAUGCGCAUAUGCAUUAG